AUGACUGCUGAAAGCCACUCUGCUCAUUGUCAAAGAAUUCCGUCACGACCUAGACCUAUCUCACCGGUACCUCGUGACCGUGAAGAUUUACGGCGUCAGAUUGAACGGAAUCGCAUGUCAAGACAUAGUGCCGAAGAAAUCGAGGUUCUCCGUAAAAGAUUGGCUGAAAUUGAGACUCGACAGAAGUCACAAGAAGAUUCUCCCCGACAUGUCUCGACGUCGGGAAAUGUAACCGUUGAAGCCGAUUCGCCUUUGGCUCCAGAACUUACUGCGGAGGCGCUCCCUGCCAAGGUAAAAAUCCCACAAAUUGGCAUGUAUGAUGGGACCUCGGAUCCAGACGCGCACUUAGGCCAUUAUACGUCGUGGAUGGAAUUGCAUGGAGCUUCGGAUGCUUUGAGAUGUCGGAUGUUUUCCCUCACACUGGGGCCACGGGCACAAAAGUGCCGGCUACUUUUCAAGAAUUCCUCGAUGUCGGUUCCUAGUUUCGACUUCUCGGUGAAGGAGAAUAAGACUGAGUCAGAUGCGAAGAAGAAGAAUAAGAAGAAUUUUGGGAAAGCGCAAUAUCGAAAUUACUCUAAGGGGUAUGAAAGUACUCCGGAGUCCAGAGCUGCCCGAGAUCAGUAUGCCGAUAACGUGAGGACAGGCUAUCAAACCGUUUAUUCGGCCGGAGCAGCCACAAUUUUUAAAGAACUGAAAGGAAAUGGAAUUAUUCCUGAUCCAAAACCAGUAAGAACUUCUGAAGAUAAGCUGGAUAAAUCUCGAUACUGUGCGUACCAUAAAUCUCCGGGACACAAUACCGAUGAAUGCCUCGACCUCUUAUCGGCCCUUUUACGUUUGAUUGGUCAGCCUCAACUUCAAAAGUUAAUAAAUUUUGACAAUCGCCAGAAAGGGAGGCCC